AUGUUGCGCUUCUCCGGGCGGCUUCUACUUGCCGCCACGUCCACGCUGUUUUCUCAGCAGGCAGUUGGCAUUACAACCUCCAUCUUUCCUGCCCGCUAUGUUCAGGGGCCUGGUGCACUGAACUUGCUGGGUGAGGAGCUUGCGCGCCUCGGCAAGAAGGCCCUUGUGGUGCAGGACCCCCAGGUUGAAAAGUUGUACGGGAAAAAGUUGCAGAGCGUGUUGUCGGGAAAGGUGUCCGCGGUCAUGGAGUUGUUGAAGGGAGCUGUCUGUGACGAAGAGAUCAAGCGCAUUUCCAGCCACAAUGACGUGGACCUCGUCGUGGGAAUUGGCGGAGGGUGCACGAUGGACACGAGCAAAGCAGUUGGCUACGAACUGAAGGUUCCCACGGCAGUGGUUCCGACACUGGCGGCCUCGGAUGCUGCUUGCAGCGCCCUUUCUGUGAUCUAUACAAAGGACCAUGUUUUUGACCGCUACCUCUUUGUCCCGCAUAAUCCUAAUUUGGUGCUUGUCGACAGCGAAAUCAUUGCGAAAGCGCCUGCGCGCUUUCUCGUGUCAGGAAUGGGCGAUGCGCUCGCGACUUGGUUUGAGGCGGAGUCCUGCUCUCUCGGCCACAAGCCCAACAUGACAGGCCGUCUCGGCUCGGCCAUGGGGCUGAGCCUUGCCCGUCUCUGUUACGAGACGCUGCUGGAGUAUGGCGUGCUGGCCAAGCAGGCUUGCGAAUGCGGGGUUACGUGCCCCGCUUUGGAGCGAGUGAUCGAGGCCAACAUCUUUCUCUCCGGCAUUGGCUUUGAGAGUGCGGGACUCGGUGGGGCGCAUGCCAUCCACAACGGCCUCAUGGUGAUUCCCGAGGCGCACAAAUGCUGGCACGGCGAGAGGGUCACCAUUGGCCUCUUGGCCACCCUCCUGCUCACCAACAGGCCGCCGCAGGUGAUUGACACGGUCUAUGGGUUCUGCGAGAGCGUUGGGCUUCCGACGACACUUGCCGACAUUGGGUGCGGCGAUGUCAGUGACGAGGUGCUUUUGCAGGCGGCAACUGUGGCCUGCGCCCCAGAGGACACCAUGCAGAAUGAGACUGGGACCAUAACGCCCACCGCUGUCUUUAACGCCAUGAAGAUUGCCGACUAUAUCGGCCGCUCCCGAGCACAGAAGAAGCAUUAG